UUCCCCUCUCUCUCUCUCUCUCUCUCUCUCUCUCUCUUCUUCGCCACGCUCCUCCCCUGCUCGGGCUUAAUUCUCCGGUGAGGGGAAACCCUAACCUCGUACAAUUCUAGGGUUUCCAUUUCAAAAAACCAUCUUUUUAAUUUUUUCUCUCUCUCUCUCUUUCUUGGGUCUUUUGUCUUUCCGAAACUCGAUUUUUUUUCCGUUUCAUUUGUAGAAAUUAACCUUCCUUGUUAUAUAUUUUGAUCCAAACUCUGCUUCGAGAAUUCACCCGUAUUAAUUCCUUUCAAUCCAUAUUACUUUUCCCUUUCGAUUCAUGCACCCACCGCGUAUUUGCUUCUUUCCGAAUUCUACGUACGUACGUACGCCUUCGGGAUUCAUUCUUCUAUAGGGCGUCGUAGGUAAACCCUAAUUGGGCGGCGGCGGCGGCGGUGGAAGGGAUAAGCGGGAUCUGUUUGGGUAUAAACUAUAAAGGUGGGAUCUUGGAGGGGUGGGGGAGGGGGACAGCAUAUAUCUAUAUAUAGAUAGAUAUAGAGAGAGAGAGAGAGAGAGAGAGAGAGAGAGAGAGAGAGAGAGAGAGAGAUAUGGCGGAGUCGGACAACGAGUCGGGAGGGGGCGGAAGCAACGCGUCGUCGUCGGCGGCGGCGAGGGAGCAGGACCGGUUCCUGCCGAUCGCGAACGUGAGCCGGAUAAUGAAGAAGGCGCUGCCGGCGAACGCGAAGAUAUCGAAGGAGGCGAAGGAGACGGUGCAGGAGUGCGUGUCGGAGUUCAUCAGCUUCAUCACGGGGGAGGCCUCCGACAAGUGCCAGCGCGAGAAGCGCAAGACCGUCAACGGCGACGACCUCCUCUGGGCCAUGACCACCCUCGGCUUCGAGGACUACGUCGACCCCCUCAAGCUCUACCUCCAAAAGUUCCGGGAGAUCGAAGGCGACAAAGCUGGAACUGUUACUGGUGGUAUUGGUGCCGGUGGUGGUGGUGGUGGUGGUGGUGUCCCCGCCACAGCCAAUUCACAACCCUCCCAAAAGGAAGGUGGUGGGGGAGGGGGGAUGAUGAUGAUGUCGAUGGUGGGCCAGCAGAUGUAUGGGUCUUCUUUCUAUCAGCAUCAUCAUCUGAAUCAGUAUCAGCAUCAGCAUCAGCAUCAGCUUCAGAUGGGGAUGGGGAUGGGGAUGGGGGAUGGGAGUGCUGGCGCAUCUUCAGCAGCAGGGAUUAAUGGCACCAGGGGAGAGAGAAUAUGAUGGUGAUGAUGAUGAUGGUGGUGGUGGUGGUGGUGGUGGUGUAGUUGAAGUGUAUGUUCAUAUACAGCAGCUUCUUCAUGUCAUAUGGUUAUAAUAUUGCAUGCAUGUUGGGUCUCGAUGUCAGGUCUACAUAGAAGAACAGGUCCAUGUACAGAACAUUGUUUUUACUUGCAACUUGAUCAGGGCUUAAUUUGAAGGAGGUUUGUAUCAUAUAUGGGGUAGUAAGCAUCCUCUCUCUCUCUCUCUCUCUCUCCAAUCAAAGCGUGUAGCAAGGUCAUCUAAGAUAAUAGUACAUCUUUAAUGAUGAAUUAUUAAGUCAUUUUAUUGUGUUUUA